AUGUUUUCUUUGCUUUUUCUUUUACCAAUUUUCACUGUAACAGCGACAAUAUCAAAGAAGCCUCAAUGUGAAGUGAUUUAUGUUGACCCCGACAAUGAUACCGACAUUUUACUUCCCAUUGCGUUAAUCAGUGAUAUGGAUCUGAAAACGAAAGAUACAAACAACUGGUUCAGCACUAUCAAGUACGGAGCCUUGGCGUUUUCUCAGAAUCGCACUUCAUCGUUUAUUCAUUGGCUCGGCGCUGUCAAUAUUACAUCCACAAUUAAUAUCAAUCAAAGAUCGAUGGAAAUGAGCGAUUUGAAGAUUUUUCAGAACAAACUGCUUUCGGUUGAUGAUAAGCUGGGAAUUAUAUAUUGGUUAAGAAAUGGAACUGCCAUUCCUUGGGUUAUCGCUUCAACCGGUGACGGAUCAAAAAGCACGCCAUUCAAGGGAGAAUGGAUGACAAUUAAAAAUAAUGAGCUUUAUCUUGGGAGUAGCGGGCACGAAGUCGUCAGUGCGGAGGGAGAAUAUAUAAACGAUGACGAGAUGUUUAUUCGGAUCAUUUCACCCAAUGGAGGAAUGCGGACGGAAAAUUGGACAUCUAGAUUUGUAAAACUUCGUCGCUCGAUUGGCAUUAAUUUUCCAGGGUUUAUGAUUCAUGAAGCCGUUCAAUGGUCGGAUGUGCACCGAAAAUGGUUUUUCCUUCCUCGAUACGCAUCGAAACAGCCGUUCAACGCAAGAAAUUUUUAUGAAACUGGUUCCAACAUUCUUCUGAGUACAUCGGAUUGUUUCUGUGAUUUCAAAGCAGUUGAAGUUGGCAAGAAUAACAAUCACCGCGGUUUCAGUGCAUUCCAAUUCGUCCCAGGAACUCGUGACGAAAUUAUCGCUGCCAUCAAAACAGAAGAGGUUCCUCGUGAUCAAUCUAAUCCAUUUGCGAACAAACGUCUCGCCACAUUCAUUACGGUUUUUCGCAUUGAUGGCACCGUAUUACUUGAUGAUAUUCCCGUAGAUCAGGAUUAUAAGUACGAAGGGUUAGAAUUUGCUAAUGUGUUUCAAUGCCUGUAA